CAUUGUCAAAUUUCCAUUACUGGAAAAUUUAUUGAUGACCGGUUGUUCUGAACUGGAAGGAUUCAUCUUUGAUCCUACGGAUAAAAGUACACUUGGCAACAAUGUGAAAGACACCAGCUCACAUGAAAACACUGAUAAUGGAGUAGUGCAACGAUUCCUUUUCGACAACAAGGUUGAAUUUCCGAAGUUGACGAGUUUGUCUCUCAAGGGUCUAACCAAGUUGACCACAAUAUGGAAUACACAAAUACAGGAGACAUCAGCAGCACCACAGCCGAGAACUUUUGAUUGUGAGAAUCUAGAAUAUGUGGAGAUUGAUACGUGUGAGAGUUUGAAAAGCAUUUUUCCAUUGUGUGUGGCUAGAAAUCUCCAGGAGUUAAAAAGUCUCAUAGUGAAGAAUUGCGAAGUGAAGGAAAUCGUUGCAAGAGAGGAGGGAACACAAACAAUAUUUAAAUUUGUGUUUCCAAAAGUAACAUUUGUGAUGUUUGAGAAGUUGUCCCAGCUCAUAAACUUCUACCCCGGGAUGCACGUCUGUAGCUGGCCAUUGCUUAAUGAUUUGGGAAUGUAUGAAUGCGACAAAGUGGACAUAUUUGCUAAAGAAAUUUCUAGUUUCCAACAAAAGCGUGAGGUGCAAAGUUACAGUACUCCUCCUCUACUUGAUCGGCAAUCUUUCUUUUCUGUUGACAAGGAUUCAUUUCCCAACUUGGAGCGGUUGGGCUUGAAUGCAAUGGAGUUCUCCAAUGGUCCACUCCCGGCAGCAGCGCAGUUGUUUGGCAAACUAAAGAAACUGGAUGUUUGUUGUCCAGAGUCCAAGUCACUUGUUUUCCUUGACAAAUUACUCCUCGACCCAGCUGAAGGAAACAGCUCUGCUAGUGCGGUUGAGAUAAGGACCCAGCAGCUCCCGCAUUUGAAAGAGUUGCGGCUUGUUCGAAUGAAGAAGCUGAUGCAUCUAGGCCAAGAGGAUAGGGAGGAUAACUCACGAUCGGCCCCUCGUAUCCCAAAUAUUCCGAACCUGGAAAUUCUAGUCGUGAACGGUUGUCACAGCUUAAGGAAUCUGAGAUCCUCCGCAAUAUCCUUCAACAACCUAACAAAUUUACAAGUAAGUUGGUGCUUGGAAUUGAAAUACUUGAUAACUUACUCCAUGGCCGACAAUUUGAUGCAACUCACAACACUGGAAGUUGAGGGGUGCCAAAGACUGGUGGAAAUAGUGGGAAGCAAUGAUGACCACGAUUCAACAGAUGAUGAGAUUACAUUCCCAAGGUUGAAACAUCUGAAACUAUCUUAUCUACCAAGACUGCAGGGAUUUUGCUCCGGAAAUUGCCUCGCUAAAUUCCCGUCCUUGGAAACUUCAACCAUGAGCAACCGCCUGAAAUUCAAGAUUUUUGCAACUGAUGAUCAAUCGAUACGGCUAACCAACGAAGAGGGAGACACAGAUGUCGAUGCUGCGGAAGAGGAGCUGACUGCUGAGGAUGAAAUUAAUUCGGCAAAUACUGAUUUGAUAUCUCAACCACGUUUCACCAUACCAGUGCUCCACAUUUCUUCAAUUGCUCAUCUUUUCUGGUCUAACAUAAGUGGAAGAUUGUUCACCAAAUUGUGCAGUCGUGGCCGGGUUAAACUUACGGCGUGGGCUACGCGCAUCAAGUGUUUUGAGAAAAUGCUUGUGUGGGGAAUUUGCUGCAUUUCAAUUCUUAUGCUUCUAUUGAUUUACAUGUGCCCAAGUAUUACUUCUUCUACUUGGCAAUAAAAGAAAAACGAAGAACAUGACAGAAGAACAGAGUGAUUCAUAUUGGAGCUCUCCUCAUUGUUGUGCAACCGAGAGCUCUGUACCUUCAGUCUGGUAGUUUUUCUUUCAGCUUAAUAUGUUACUGUAAUUGCUGAUUUAGAAAUCUUCAUUUGUUAGCUGCGUUUUGCACUUUAUCUCUUUGCUUAAUUGACUGUGAACGAGGCUUCUAGUAAGAAGGGAGAAUAAGUU